AUGCCCCCAUAUCGCAGCGCCGCCGACGCAAAGUACCUCGGCGAUCUGACAGAGUUUGUGGCGUUGAUGGACGAGUACUCGAAAGACAAAUGGACUCUCAAUAAGUCAGAAGAUGGUGUCUGGUUGAAGCAAUCAGUGAUGAUCAAGAAUGAAAUUGAGACCUUCAAUCGACAGACACAUAUCCUUCGAAGUAGCCAUUACGAUUUACCUGUUUUGUGGUUCAAUUUUUAUCAUCGAGAUGGCCGACCACUUCGUCUUGAUGAGAUAUCUGAUCUUUUAACAAAGAAUGAUCUCACGAAAUGCUCAAAUUUUGUAAGACUGGUCACGCAAGAAAUUCACCCAUACUACGGGGUCCUCUUUUUCUUCAUUGAUCCACGAAAAGCGAAGAAAAACAUUGAAGAUCUAGAAGGAAAUGGAAAUUUCAUUGUUCGAUGGUUAUCUUUAUAUGGAGCAAUCAUUGGAAUGACACUUCCCAAUGAAAUUCUCCUUUCAGUUGGAAUUGAUCCGCAAGCACAGAACACAUUG